ACAAGCCUCCACCCUCCAACUCUUCCAGGGUCGUUCACAGUUCGUCCAGUUUCUCCUUCCUCCAACUCUUCCAGGGUCGUUCACGUUCGUCCAGUUUCUGCUUCCUCCAACUCUUCCAGGGUCGUUCACGUUCGUCCAGUUUCUGCUUCCUCCAACUCUUCCAGGGUCGUUCACGUUCGUCCAGUUUCUGCUUCCUCCAACUCUUCCAGGGUCGUUCACGUUCGUCCAGUUUCUGCUUCCUCCAACUCUUCCAGGGUCGUUCACGUUCGUCCAGUUUCUCCUCCUCGGUGUCUGCAGGAAACCCUGAUAAAAACUGCCUUUAAGUACAUCAACACCAUGCUGUCCUGUGUCAUCUUCGCUGUGGGGAUCAUUGGAAACGCCACCCUGCUGAGGAUCAUCUACCAAAAUAAAAGCAUGAGGAACGGACCCAACGCUCUGAUCGCCAGCCUGGCUCUGGGAGACCUGAUCUACAUCACCAUCGACAUACCCAUCAACGUCUACAAGCUCCUGGCCAUGCGCUGGCCCUUCGCUGACAGUGUGUUGGGUCUGUUCCUCUGUAAGCUGUUCCCUUUCCUGCAGAAAGCUUCAGUCGGCAUCACCGUCCUCAACCUGUGUGCCCUGAGUGUGGACAGGUACCGCGCUGUGGCGUCCUGGUCACGUGUCCAGGGAACAGGCGUUCCCAUGGUAACAGCCGUGGAGAUCGUAGUGAUCUGGCUGCUGUCCGUGGUCCUGGCCGUUCCAGAGGCCGUCGGGUUCAACAUGGUGACCUUCGAAUACAAGAACGUCACCAUCAGAACGUGCAUGCUGCAGCCACGGAGUCCUUUCAUGACCUUCUACAAGGAUGCAAAGGACUGGUGGCUGUUUGGCUUUUACUUCUGUGUUCCUUUAGCCUGUUCUGCAGUUUUCUAUGGCCUGAUGACCUGUGAGAUGCUCCGACACCAGAAGGGAAGCCUCAGGAUCGCACUGAGUGAACACCUUAAACAGCGUAGAGAAGUAGCCAAAGCUGUGUUCUGCCUGGUGCUGAUCUUCGCUCUCUGCUGGUUUCCUCUGCAUCUGAGUCGUCUACUGAAGAAAACCAUCUACAGAGCCCAUGAUGCACACCGCUGUGAGCUGCUCAAUUUCCUGUUGGUGCUGGACUACCUCAGUAUCAACAUGGCUACCAUCAACUCCUGCAUCAAUCCCAUAAUCCUCUACUUUGUCUCCAAGAAGUUCAAAAACUGCUUCAAGUCGUGUCUGUGUUGCUGGUGUUCGUCUGUCUCUCUCUCUAACAGUACUCUUCCUCUCCACCAUGGGACCAGUCUGCAGUACAAACACCCUGAACACUAACAUUCUACUUCCAGUGCACAAACACAUCACUAGCAUCUUAGCAUGUCAGACACUCAAACAGACAAAACAAUCACAUCAACAUCCAAACCCAGGGAUGGAAAUGAGUUCUAACUCUGCAUGGACCACCCCAGCCUGGUGGAGAACACCCCAAACAACCCAGAGCAGGGGUCACUUCUACAGCCUGUUAGCUUCACCUGCUGGUUUAUGGUGACUAUGGACUGAAAUAUGAGGAGGGACAAAGAGCAGGAGGACCUGCAGCCAAAACCCAGGCUGCUGCAGGGGGGCUUCCCUCUGUCAGAUGAGCCCCCAGGACCCCCACAGAGCCGUGGUUUCCAAAUGCACGUGGACUGGUUUUUAUUGCAGCCAUUAUGGAAACAAGAUAUUCAGUCCACUUCAUUCCAUACGUCACCAGUUUACCACACUGCUCCCAUUACACUGGAGGAUCCUGGACCCUGAGGUGUCCAGACCCUCCACCAGGACCAGGACAGACGGACUCUGAUGACUGAAGCAUGGGGACCUUUUCUGGGACAAGACCACAGGCCAGACCAGACCAGUUUAUGUGCAAAGGAACGUCCAGUCCACUUAUUGAAGCUGCUGUCACAUAGAGAAGUGACCCCCAUGGGAAAGUGACCCCCCUGGAAAGUGACCCCCAUGGAAAGUGACCCCCAUGGAAAAGUGACACCACCCCCCCAUGGAAAAGUGACCCCCUCCCAUGGUCACAGGUUACAGAAUUAUCACCCCUCUUAUGGAAAACUGACCCACCCCCAAUUUUUUACUUUUACAACAUAAACAUAA